AUGAAACUUUGUUUGUUCGUCGAGGCAGGCCUCAUUGGCCUCGCCGCUGCCGGGCCGUGGGGCAAUCCCGAGCCAAAAGGCCAUGAAUAUCACCCAGUCAGACCAGGGGAUAGUCGCUCCCCUUGCCCUGGCCUCAACGUCCUGGCCAGUCACGGCUUCCUCCCUCGCUCGGGGAAGAACAUCGACAAGGAAGCGGUCAGAUCGGCCGUAUCAGCAGCUUACAACUAUGAGCACACCACGUUUGACAGCGCCUUCGACGAUGCCGUCAACUUCAAACUGACGACGACGGGGAACGCGUCGACCUUCAACCUAGCCGACUUGGCAGCGCACGACAAGGUCGAAUUCGACGGCUCCCUGUCGCGUAACGAUUUUUAUUUCGGCGAUGACCUGCACUUUUCCCCCGUCAUCUGGGCCACCACGGCAAAGCGGCUGGGUCUCUACAAGACCGGUCCCACCGAGCAGGACAAGUACAUCACCAUCGAGGUGGCAGCCAAGGCCCGCGCAGCACGCGUGAAGGAUGCCAUGGCUGCCAACCCCAAUUUCAACGCCUCAGUCAAUCAGAUGAGGGGAAGCCCCGGCACGACGGCGCUCUUUCUGACAACCUUGUGGGAUGACAAGGCCGGCGGGGCGCCGAAAGCGUGGGUCAAGGCUUGGUUCGAGGAAGAGCGCCUCGCGUAUAAAGAGGGAUACACCUUCCCUGCAGUGCAGAGGAACGGUACCACCAUCGGUGAUAACUUCCAAAAGAUCCUAGCGGUGCCGGUUUAG